AUGAAUUUUGAACUUCCAAAUGAGUUGAAGGCUCAUAUUCAAUCAAUUGAUUCCUUUAUUCAGUCCACCAUACUCCCGUUGCAACAUUCAAACGAUAACAACCGGUUCUUUGAUCAUCGCCGCGAACACGCUCGGACAGAUUGGGAUAAUGAUGGCAACCCACGUCCAGAGUGGGAAAACUUAUUGACUCAAGCUCGCGUCCUCGCUGAUGAGGCGGGAUUCUACCGAUUUGCACUUCCUAAACAAUAUGGAGGACAGGAGCAUCCUCAUACCAACUUAUGGAUGUCUGCCAUUCGGUUUCACUUGGCGUCAGUCCAUGGGGGUGGUCUGGGAUUAGCAAAUGACCUCCAGAACGAGCAUAGCAUUGUUGGCAAUUUUCCCGAUCUCCUUAUGCUUCACCAUUUCGGCAGUGAAGCACAGCGACAGACGCUGAUCCCUGCCCGACUUCGAGGGGAAUUUCGAGCAACAUUUGGCCUGACUGAGCCUGAUCAUGGCAGUGACGCAACUUUCAUGUCUACUGUUGCAAAACGCCAACGUGGCGGGUUCGAAAUCACCGGAGCGAAGAAAUGGCAGACAGGAGCCCAUCAUUGUACUCACUUUCUGAUAUUUGCGCGAACGUCAGGAAACGCAGGAUCUGCAAAGGGAAUCACAGCUUUCCUUAUCCCUCGCGACACUCCAGGAGUCAAAAUCGCUAGCUAUGAGUGGACAUUAAACAUGCCAACCGACCACGCUACCGUUGAGUUCGAUCGUGUCUGGGUACCAGAGUCAGCCGUAUUAGGUACCGUCGACCAAGGCCUCGCUAUAGCGCAGACCUUUGUGCAUGAGAAUCGUAUCCGCCAAGCAGCCAGUUCCUGUGGUGCAGCCAAGUUUUGCCUCGAGCGAAGCAUUGUGCGUGCACGCUCGCGCAAGAUCUGGGGCGAGGGUAAGAUGCUAGCGGACAACCAGGCUAUCCAGUUCCCGGUCGUGGAAUUGAUGACCCAAGUGGAGAUGUUGCGCCUUCUCAUCCUGAAAACCAGUUGUGAUAUGGAUCGCAUCGUGGCCUCAAGUAAGGCAGGAGAGACAUCGCAGCCACCAUGGGUUACCAUUGAGCGCCAACUCAGCGAUAAAGUGGCUAUGUGUAACUUUUGGGCGAACCGAUUAUGUUGCCAGGCUGCCGACCGAGCGAUUCAGAUUCAUGGCGGCGAUGGUUAUUCACGUCACUAUCCCUUCGAGCACAUCUAUCGCCAUUUCCGACGCUAUCGAAUCACUGAAGGUGCCGAGGAAAUUCAGAUGCGAAAGGUUGCGGCGUAUAUUUUUGGAUUCGCAGGGCCACGGAAGAAGGAAUUGGAAGCCACGGAACAAACAAAGGCGAAGAUAUGA